UCCUUUUUCCAAUAUGCAUGACAUCUCUGGACAAGACAAUUGUGACACCAGCACUUAUUUCCAUGAAGAAAAAUUUUGCGGUUUUAUGGCAUUCAUCAUUUGACAAAUGCAACUAUUCUCCUUAUCAAUCAGCUCUUACUGAACUUACUCGCAGUGACUGUGGAAUCCUUAAGGGCCCAUUAAAUUUCUGAAGAAGAAAGCUAAGAUGAAGGACAUGCCACUCCGAAUUCAUGUGCUGCUUGGCCUAGCUAUCACUACACUAGUACAAGCUGUAGAUAAAAAAGUGGAUUGCCCACAAUUAUGUACCUGUGAAAUCAGGCCUUGGUUUACACCCAGGUCCAUUUAUAUGGAAGCAUCUACAGUGGAUUGUAAUGAUUUAGGUCUUUUAAAUUUCCCAGCCAGAUUGCCUGCUGACACACAGAUUCUGCUCCUACAGACUAACAAUAUUGCAAAAAUUGAAUACUCCAUAGACUUUCCAGUAAACCUUACUGGCCUGGACUUAUCUCAAAACAAUUUAUCCUCAGUCACCAAUAUUAAUGUAAAAAAGAUGCCUCAGCUUCUUUCUGUAUAUUUAGAGGAAAACAAACUAACUGAGCUGCCUGAAAAAUGUCUGUCUGGACUGAGCAACUUACAAGAACUCUAUAUUAAUCACAACUUGCUUUCUACAAUCUCACCCGGAGCCUUUAUUGGCCUACAUAAUCUUCUUCGACUUCAUCUCAAUUCAAAUAGAUUGCAGAUGAUCAACAGUAAGUGGUUUGAUGCUCUUCCCAAUCUGGAGAUUCUGAUGAUUGGGGAAAAUCCAAUCAUCAGAAUCAAAGACAUGAACUUUAAGCCGCUUAUCAAUCUUCGCAGCCUGGUUAUAGCUGGUAUAAACCUCACGGAAAUACCAGAUAAUGCCCUGGUUGGACUUGAAAACUUAGAAAGCAUCUCUUUUUAUGACAACAGGCUUAUUAAAGUGCCCCAUGUUGCUCUCCAAAAAGCUACAAACCUCAAAUUCCUGGAUCUAAAUAAAAAUCCCAUUAAUAGAAUACGGAGGGGUGAUUUCAGCAAUAUGCUACACUUAAAAGAGUUGGGAAUAAAUAAUAUGCCUGAGCUGAUUUCCAUCGACAGUCUUGCGGUGGAUAACCUGCCAGAUUUAAGAAAAAUAGAAGCUACAAACAAUCCUAGGUUGUCUUACAUUCACCCAAAUGCAUUUUUCAGACUACCCAAGCUGGAAUCACUCAUGCUUAACAGCAAUGCCCUUAGUGCCCUGUACCAUGGUACAAUUGAGUCUCUGCCAAACCUCAAGGAGAUCAGCAUACACAGCAAUCCCAUCAGGUGUGAUUGUGUCAUCCGCUGGAUUAAUAUGAACAAAACCAACAUUCGCUUUAUGGAGCCAGACUCACUGUUUUGUGUGGACCCACCUGAAUUCCAAGGCCAAAAUGUUCGGCAGGUGCAUUUCAGAGAAAUGAUGGAAAUAUGUCUCCCUCUAAUCGCUCCUGAGAGCUUUCCUUCUAAUCUGGACUUAGACAUGGGGAGCUAUGUUUCCUUGCAUUGUAGAGCUACAGCAGAGCCACAGCCUGAAAUCUACUGGAUAACACCUUCUGGUCAAAAACUCUUACCUAAUACUCUGAAAGACAAGUUCUAUGUACAUUCUGAAGGCACACUAGAUAUAAAUGACAUAACCCCAAAAGAAGGGGGUUUAUAUACUUGUAUAGCAACUAACCUUGUUGGUGCUGACUUGAAGUCUGUUAUGAUCAAAGUAGAUGGCUCUUUUCCCCAGGACAACAAUGAAUCCUUAAAUAUUAAAAUAAAAGAUGUUCAGGCCAAUUCAGUUCUGGUGUCUUGGAAAGCAAGCUCUAAAAUUCUCAAAUCCAGUGUUAAGUGGACAGCCUUUGUCAAGACUGAAAAUUCUCAUGCUGCCCAAAGUGCUCGAAUACCAUCUGAUGUCAAGGUAUAUAAUCUUACUCAUCUGAACCCAUCAACUGAGUAUAAAAUUUGUAUUGAUAUCCCCACCAUCUAUCAAAAAACUAGAAAACAAUGUGUAAAUGUCACCACAAAAGGAUUGGACCCUGAUCAAAAAGAAUAUGAAAAAAGUAAUACCACAACAUUUAUGGCCUGCCUUGGAGGCUUUCUGGGGAUUAUUGGUGUGAUAUGUCUUUUCAGUUGCCUCUCCCAAGAAAUGAACUGUGAUGGUGGACAUAGCUAUGUGAGGAAUUACUUACAGAAACCGACCUUUGCAUUCAGUGAGCUUUAUCCUCCUCUAAUCAACCUCUGGGAAGCAGGCAAAGAAAAAAGUACAGCACUGGAAGUGAAAGCAACUGUUAUAGGUGUGCCAACAAAUAUGUCCUAAAGACAGCUAACUAAACCUACUUCAAAGAAAAGCUUAAGACUGCACCUGUGCUUGAAAAAACAAAAAACAAAAGCAGAGAAAUAUUACUUUCUAGAAAGAAGCUUAAGCUUCACCAAUGCUGCUCCUGAUGAAGGGAAAUAUGUACAAGUUCAGCAUUUUAAUUAACUGGCUUCAAAGGGUACUGUGGCAACCAAAUAAAAUAAUUCCAUUUUCUAGAACUUUCAUGUAACUUUCCAGUCUGGACUACAGUUAAAGUGGACAAAAACAUUUCUGUAUUUUUUUUAAGUAUAUAAGAGUAGUUGAACUGAGCAAUACCUCCUCCUGUGUUGUAUUACACAUAUUAGCCACGAGUUUUUGCAGUGACUAGAUAACUUGAAUUGACACGUGGUGUAAUAAAAUGGACAAAUUCUGUAGAGUAGACACAGUGAGUAUGUGGGCCUCUUUUAUAAGAAAAAAAUACAUUUUGGAUUAAAAUCAA